UGCUGUCAGCGAAAGGAUUCACUGUGCCUGAAUAGAAGUAGCGGUCUUAUCCAUCCCAUAUAGACAUGAAAUGCUUUUUCUAAGACAUCUCAGCGGACUUGCCAGUUGCUAGAAGUAGCCUAAUUAUUUAUUUUAUUUCUAUAAUACGAUAUUAUAAAGUCCAAGAUAUUAGUUUAGUUAUCGACCGGGGUCAUAAUGCUACCGUCUUCAUCAACUGGGCUGGUGCAGAUGGAAGGAUGUGGGGCGGAGGCGCGAGAUACCCAAAAAAUGCAGUGCAUGAAACUGACUGAAGAGAGAGAUGAAGCAGAGAGCCAGCUGAAACACAUCAAGAGAGUUUCCCAAAUGGUGAUCGAGGAGGUGAGCGUUCUGCAGACUCAGCUGGAGAUAGAAAAAUCCUGCAGAGAAAAUGCUGAGGCCCUUGCCACCAAGUUGAACAGUGAGAACAGGAAGCUGAAGUAUCUGAGCCUGUCGUCUCGACCCUGUCUGGAUGAGAUGCUACCUAGUAUCACAGACUGCAUACCUCUGGAAGAGGAGACGGACACACAGGACACCAGCCCUGACCCGUACAGCCUGUACCAACAGCAGGGUAAAGAGCUGCAGGAGACAGUGAGCACUCUGCUGGAGGAGAAGAAGUGGCUCGCCUGUCAGCUUCAAGAGCAGCAGAGGCAGAUUGAAGAGCUAACAGCCCUGACUGAGAAGGAGCAGGCUGAAAUGAAGGAGCUUCACAAAACCAUGGAGCAGCAAAGCAAGACCAUCAAGAGGUUCAAUAGAGUGUCUGUGAUGGCUACUACAGAGUUUGAAGAGAUGAAGGAGCAGCUGGAUUUGGAGCAGAGCCUGAGGUUGAAGGCUGAGACGUAUGCCCACGAGAUGUUGGUGAAGCAGAAAGAGGCUAACAGACAGAGUAUGAUCCUGCUGCAGAACGCUGACCCCAGUCUGCAGCUGAUCAAGGCUCUGGAGGACGUGGCUAAUGUUACCAAGACUCUGGAGCAGGAGAGACUGCAGCAUCACCAGAAGGUGAAGGCUCUGGAGGCUGAGCUACAGGAGUACUCUCUGAAACAGCAGAUAGCAGAGCUGCAGAGCCAGCUGGAACUGAUGGAGGAGGAGAAGAGAGAGACAGAGGGAUGUCUGCAGGAAGUAGAGAAGAAGAACCGUGACCUAGAGAAAAGAGUGCAAGAGCUGCUGCAGGUCCAGAAGAGCGCUGAGCCCUCACCAGGCCCUGAACCAGGAUCGCCCCCCCCCGCCCCUGUUCCCCAGCCCCCUCCACCCCCACCACCACCCCCUCCCCCUCCUCCACCCCCUCCCCCAUCGCGAUGCAACCCCCUCAGCUCACUGAUUGCAAUCAUGAGGAAAUCAUCCAAAAGUUCAAAGGGAGGAUCCCCGAAGUUGGAACAAACUCCUGAAGGAGGUGCAGAAGGAGGUGCAGAAGGAGGUACAAAUGACGUUAAAGUGAAGGCAGUCAAUGAGAUGAUGGAGAGGAUUAAACAUGGAGUGGUUCUGAGGCCUGUCAAGGGAGGAGAUACUAAGAGAGUUGCCGUAAAAAAACCUCCAGUAAUGGAAGAAAAGUUGCCACAGGAGAGUGCCAUGGAAGAACUGAAAGGCAUUCUGGAGACGGUGAAGAAGAGUCCCAGUCGGGGGUCUCAGGAGUCGGUCCCGCCCCCCCCAGGGAAGAGUCCUGUCAGCAGUGAGCUGGAGGUCAUCCUUAGGAGGAGACGUAAACAAGCCUGUGACUCUGGAGGAGAUGAGAGCAGGGACGGACAAAUAAGCAAGGUCUCCUCCUCUGACAGCCUGAACGGGAGGCACAGCCAGAGCUCCCACAGCUCUGACAGCUCAGGCAAAGAGCCAGAGGGGCCCACAGGACCAGGGCCUGGGCAGAGCCCCAGAGAGCCAGCCUCCCCCAGCGGAAGGGGCCCCGGCCCAGCCGUAGCAGCCAGGCGCAGGUCAGACUCUGGCCAAGAGCCCCAAGCAGGGUCCUGGCAGGACAGGAGGUCCCGUACUUCUUUGUCUGAGAAAGAGGUCGACUCCGAGGCGCCGGUCACCAAAGGAUGCAUUGUCAGUGGGGAGGAGCAUGAGAAGGAGAAGCAUGAGAAAUGGGCACCACCACAGGCCAACGGAAUCAGCCACCUUAACCCUAGUCUGAAUGUGGAGACAGACACGCAUGCCACACUGUCUCCCAGCCUCUCCGCAGUGCCCAACCCACUCAGCGGGAAUGGGAGUACAGAUGCAGAGUGUUGAAGGUCGGCUCCAGAGGUCCCUGGGCAACCAGGAAGGCAGGCGUGCUGAGGAAAGCUGCACAAUUUGCACAGAAUCUCAGUUAUCUGCAGUUCGAGACACUUCAUCAAAAAAAAGUGUUAGGUUAUUUUAUUUGAUGCGCAAACGAUCUCAAUCUGAUGUGUCUUAGUGUCAUCAUCUGAUGAAAUGCACUGUUUUAGAAUCCAACCUUUUUUGAUCAGAUCUUUCUCUUCUUCCUCACACCCUGUUAUAGUGAACAGGAAUUGAAUCAUACUUCUAAUCUACAGUAUAGCACAAGCUUAUUUGAUGCAAGUUCUGCUUCUCCCUUACUUUUACUGAAUCUAAAGAAGACACUAUCUUACUACCGUAAGACUUUCAGUACAGUCACUGCUUACUUUAUGCAGUAGAACGGCCACCUAAACAUCGAUACAGAACUAUGUUUACCAUCUGGGUCAUCAUUAGCAAAUAGGAUACAGAUAUUGCACAUUAUGAAGGUACUUUUGCUAUUUCAAACUGUUCCAGUUUGUGAACUAUCUUUAAUGUGUAAUCGAUGCAACUACAGCGUAGGGAUGCAAAUGAAAGCCGUGCACGUUUCAAUCCAAAAUAGCCUAACGUCCUUGAGGAAUUAGGUGCUUGUGUACUCAGUCUACCUCGUAUUAGACACACUUGCCUCUUGACUAUCCUAGCAAUGGCACAACAUUUGUAAAUGACUUCCACCUACAUUCCCAAGCUGUAUAAGAUGCUUUGUUCAUAUUUGCUGGGAUACUCCCAUUGUUUCAUUACGGCUGUAACCAGAUGUCAUCCUGUGUGUAUUAUGUUAGUAGGUCAUGCUUUCAGAUAUCUAGUACAACCUAAAACAACUGGAUUAAACAGUCUUAAUCUAAGAAAUAAAUACAUUUGAAGGCUCAUAGGACAGUCACUCUCAUACCCAUCAUGACAUUGUAAAUGUUUUCUUAAAGAUUCAGAAACGACAUUGAGAGCAUUGACUCUAUUUUAAGUCAUUUCUAUGAAGCCUUCUUUCAUGUUUUCCAGAUGCAAUUGUUUACUAAGUCUUAAACCUGUCACCAUUUUCUCAAUUCGAUUUUUAUUUAUUAGGCAAGCAGCUGACGAACAAGGAAAUAACUGGACUGAGUUUGUGUGAAUCUUGAUAUUGUGUGUGUUUGGGAUUUGAAAAUGAAGUGUUAUGUUUUUUUUUUUAAACAUUUACAUUGAUAUUCAUUUUUCAAUUAUAUGAAAUAAAAUUACCCAAUAAAAACAA